GGUCCUCACGGCCAGUGUGUCAGCCCCGGUUCUCUCGUUAACGAAGUCUGGAUGUGGAGCAGAGCUGUUCACCCGCGGAGCCGCCUCACGUUCACCGGACACCGAGCCCCAGCGGACAGAGCCGCCUCGCCUCCGCAGCGCAGGUGGACUGCAUCUUACCUUCAGAAGCAUCAACUCCAUUUACAUCCCAGUGCCACACACUUCAUGGCAUUGCCAUGUGUAAGCUGACCUAAUCACCACUCUAUAGCCCUUUGGUCCGUCCUAUGUCUGAGGACAGUGAUUCAAAGCACUACCUGUACUCAACCCUGGAAAGUCUAGAGCGGAACCGGGAAAGGAUCAGCUUUCACGUGGAAGAAGAAGAGGGCUCAACCUGCGGCUCUAUUAGCCAACUUAGCCACAUGGCCAGCGGAUACAGCGAGGGUUGUGGGCGGCGGGAUGAGGUCGAGCUGGAACCAGAGUUGGGACUGGCCUCCGAGGGGAGUGACAGCAGUCAUGAGCACCCGGCCUCGCCAGGCUCCCCUCACGACGACAGGAAGCGGCCUCGCCCGACCUUACACGAGGAUGUAGAGAUGGGUGGCAGCGGCUCAAGUGGGAGCGGGACAGAAUCUCAUGGUAACGAGUCGCACGGCAAUGACUCCCAUGGCAAUGAAUCUGUGGGCAGUUCUAAUGGCAAUAGCAAGGAUUCGGCCCUCCAUGAGUCUUCAGGGAGCAACAAGAGCUCAAACUCUCACAGCCCAUCGCCACCGAGCAGCUCCAACGCCUUCAGUCUGGUGAGCUCUGAGCAGGACAACCCAUCGACCAGCGGCUGCAGCAGCGAACAGUCUGCCAAGGCUAAGACUCAGAAGGAACUCUUCAAGACCCUCAAGGAGCUCAAGAUGCACUUGCCGUCGGAGAAAAGGAGCAAGGGCAAGUCCAGCACCAUCAACACGCUCAAGUAUGCACUGCGAUGUGUCAAACAGGUGAAAGCCAAUGAGGAAUACUACCAGAUGCUGAUGAUCAAUGACAGUCAGCCAUCAGGGUUUGAUGUAUCAUCCUACACCAUUGAGGAAAUCAACCGCAUCACUUCUGAAUACACCAUGAAAAACAAUGAUAUAUUUGCAGUUGCCGUCUCACUCAUCACCGGAAAGAUUGUUUACAUCUCAGACCAGGCAGCGUCCAUUCUGAACUGCAAGCGAGAAGUGUUCAACAAUGCCAAGUUUGUGGAGUUCCUAACACCGCAGGACGUCAGCGUGUUCUACAGCUUCACCACGCCAUAUCGGUUACCCUCGUGGAGUAUGUGCACCGGAGCAGAGUCGUCUCCCACGGAGUGCAUGCAGGAGAAGUCCUUCUUCUGCCGCAUCAGUGGCGGUAAGGAGCGUGAAGGAGAUCUUCAGUAUUAUCCUUUCCGAAUGACUCCCUACCUGAUGAAAGUCCAGGAUGCUGAGCUGGCUGAAGAACAGUUCUGCUGCCUCCUGCUGGCAGAAAGGGUGCACUCUGGAUAUGAAGCUCCCAGAAUCCCCCCUGACAAGCGCAUCUUCACCACCACACACACUCCUAACUGUGUGUUCCAGGAUGUGGAUGAGAGGGCUGUUCCUCUGUUGGGUUACCUCCCUCAGGACCUGAUUGGGACCCCUCUGCUGCUCAAUCUGCACCCAAGUGAUCGACCCUUAAUGCUGGCUGUGCACCGCAAGAUUCUUCAGUAUGCUGGUCAGCCCUUCGACCACUCCUCCAUCCGUUUCUGUGCACGCAAUGGCGAGUACGUCACCAUCGACACCAGCUGGUCCAGCUUUGUCAACCCCUGGAGCCGCAAGGUCUCCUUCGUCAUUGGCAGGCACAAAGUCCGGAUGGGUCCUGUGAACGAAGACGUUUUUGCAGUGCCUGCUUUCCACGGAGGGAAAAUCAUGGACUCUGACAUCCAGGAAAUUAGUGAACAGAUCCACAGGCUGCUGCUCCAGCCCGUCCACAAUAUGGGCUCCAGCGGUUAUGGUAGCCACGGCAGCAACGGUUCUCACGAGCAACUUGUGAGCAUCAGCUCGUCCAGCGAGAGCAACAAGAACAUGACCCUUGGGGUCGCAGCGGAGGAGACGGGCAAGGCCAAGCCGCCCAGGACAUUCCAGGAGAUUUGUAAAGGGGUCCACAUGGAGAAGAACCAGGAUUCCCAGGUCUGCUUGCACUCCCCCUCAUCACUACCGAGCAGACCUGAGCAGAAGAAGACCACUGACGCAGCUCAGAAGAGUCCACCAGGGCGUCUGAAGGACUCUGCGCCCCAUCUUCAGGUCAGAGACAGUACUGCAGCCGCCACAGAGGACUUCACCUGCAAGGACCAGAGCGUUUGCUCCUACCAGCAGAUCAGCUGCCUCGACAGUGUCAUCAGGUACCUAGAGAGUUGUAACACCCCCAUCACUGUCAAGAGGAAGUACCAGUUCUCCUUGAACACCAACUCCUCCAACUCAGAUGACGGCAAGAAGGGCUCAGAGGAUGCCAUGCACAUGGUUCAGGAUACAAACACAGAUCCUUUGAUGCUGGACCCCCAGCCAGGCCUGUCAAACAUGAAAGCACCUAAAAAGCCUCCAUCUGGGGCCGCUGCAGUGGUAGGAGGCCCCCUGGCCCCCCUCACUCUACCCAGCAAGGCUGAGAGUGUGGUGUCCAUCACCUCGCAGUGCAGCUACAGCAGCACCAUUGUUCAUGUGGGAGACAAGAAGCCUCAGCCAGAGUCUGAGAUAAUUGAGGAUGUGGCGGAGAGCCCAGCUCCUCCAGCUCUGCCCGUCAGCAUGGUGUCUCCACUAAGCCAGGAAAAGGAAGCCUACAAGAGGCUGGGACUGACCAAGCAGGUGCUGGCAGCACACACACAAAAAGAAGAGCAGGCCUUCCUCAGCCGCUGCAGAGAACUCUGCAACGUCAGGAGCUUCCAGAAGGACUGCACCAAAUAUCUGCACAAGCAAAGAGGCCAAGCCAACGCUGAAGAAUCCUCUGGACCUCGAGGUGCUAUCAAACAGGGCACCACCAGACCUGAGACCACCGCCAAGAAGGGCAACCGUAGCAGGAAGUCAAAGAAGCCACGAAUGAAGCAUCCUGAUUCGUCAGACAGCGCCGUGUCUAACCGCAAACCCAGGCCCCCUCUCCAGGGACUCAACCAGACCUCGUGGUCGCCGUCUGAAGCCUCUCAGUCAGCUUUCAGUGUCUCCUACCCUGCCAUGGUGCCUGCAUACCCGCUCUACUCCUCAGCACCCACUGCCCCCGCUCAGCCCCCUCAUCUUGACCCAUCACUUUCCACAGGCUUUGGAGAGGGGCAGAGCGCUCAAGCUCCGCCCACAGCCACUCCGUUCCCCACCCCUAUUGUCACACCAGUGGUGGCUCUGGUUCUGCCAAAUUACCUCUUCCCCCAAAUAGGACAAAUAGGGCAGAUGGGGGCUGCUCCCAGUCCAGCUUUUUUUCUUGAGCAGUCCCAAACGCAACCUGCGUACACAACCCAGCAGCCCUUUCAGCCGCCGCAGUCAGCAUACACCAUGCAAACACAACCCCCCUUCACUAACCAACAGCAGUUCCCUGUGCAGACUGCCUAUACCCCCCAACAGCCAUUCCAAGUGGCUCAGACCGCCUACACUACCCAGCAGCCUUUUCAGGCCCCUCAGACUGCCUACCCUGCCCAGCAGCCCUUCGCGGCCCAGCCUUCAUUCCCUGUGCAGACUCAGUUUGUCAGUCAAACCCCUUAUCCAGCGCAGCCUUUCUCCUACAGCCUAAACCACGAGCCCCCGAAAGUCCCAGUCAUGGAAUCCCGAGAAGGGGGGGCAUCACGUUCCUCCACACCAAUCUCUGCGACCCGGGAGCCAGCAACGUCACCACCGCUGUUUGAGUCGCGGUGUAGCUCACCUCUGCAGCUCAAUCUCCUGAGCAUGGAGGAGGGGCAGCGGUUAGUGGAACGUCAGGACAGCACAGCGCCAUCUGCUGGAUGUCAGGGCAGCAGCACAGCAGCAGCAUCAGGAGCCGGGGCAGGAGGGGAGAAGAACGGCGGCACAGCCAAGACUGAAAACUAUCAACAGGUGGAGUCUCCAGGAGAUGAGGCUCACAGCGAGGGUAACUCCUCGUCCUGCGACCUGCUGGACAUCCUGCUGCAGGAGCAGGAAGACUCUCACUCCGGCACUGGAUCGGCCACGUCUGGGUCCAUGGGCUCGAGAUCAGGCUCCGGCUCAGGAUCAGGAUCCGGAUCAGGCUUGGGCUGCAAUGGCUGUGGUACCUCAGCGAGUGGAGCCUCUGGCAGCAGAACAGGAAGCAGCAACACCAGCAAAUACUUUGGCAGCGUUGACUCCCUGGAACAUGACCCCAAGACGAAGGCCAAAACCAAGGCUAGGAGCAAAGAAGGCUCUGAAGUUUGCCAGUCACAGACCAAAGUCGAUGGAGAGCAUUUAAUCAAAUACGUUCUCCAGGAGCCCCUCUGGCUGCUCAUGGCCAAUGCUGACGACAAGGUCAUGAUGUCAUAUCAGAUGCCAUCGAGGGACAUUCAGAAGGUCCUGCGGGAAGACAAGGAGAGACUGAGGCAGAUGCAGAAGAGCCAGCCUCAUUUCUCCUCGGACCAGCGACGAGAGCUGCUGGAGGAACACCCCUGGAUGAGGAGGGGAGGUCUGCCUGCUACUAUCAACGUGAAGGAGUGUGUGUACUGUGAGGACACAGUAGGGCCGCCCAUCGAGGAGGACCUGCUGGACAUGGACAUGGGAGAGCUGAGCGACGAACUGAGCCAAGAGGGUCAGAACAACCAGAACCAGCCAAAGGGUUCUCAACCCCGACCAGACUCUGGUUCCUGAACACACAACACUUACCCUCACGUCGCCAGCAGGGGGACACAAAAAGACUUGACCAGCCAUGGACCCUCAUGAUGCACACACAUUGUGUGAGAUGUGACUUUUCUCACAGAAACAUACAUACAAGCAAACAAGCAGAACUUAUGAAGAUAUGCACUGUUUGUGUGUAUGUGUGAAUGUGUGUGUACUUAACAUAGGAUUGCUAUUGGAGUGCAGUUUUCAAUGCACACACACAGAGGGCGCUAGUGCUUUACAGUACCUUGUUCAGUUCACACACUCUGAAAUGAUCCAGGGUGUGUGGCUGGUGACCUUUAACCUCUGAGACCUUUGACCAUCCUCGCUGUCAGAGGCUGAGCUCUACAGCAAAACGAAGAAAAGAAAAUGUCAGUGGACAUUUUUUAAAUACAAAUAUGUUAUUCUGACAAAAUAAUGGUCAUUAAACACCAAUUUCGAGGUGUUCCCAGAAUACCCUCUGUUUUCCCAUCAGGAAAAGACAAGUUGUGGUGCUCAUUGGAUGAUGUAAUAUCCAGGCGGUGGUAGCACUUGACUCAACAGCCGCUUGGAAACUUGGAGAUGACAAUCUGGCACCCAGUGCAAAUCUGAUCCUAGAUGAAAUCGUAUUUAUUUUUUACCAGAAGAUGUAUGAAGUAGUUAUUUUAAAGCUAAAGCCAAAUCGACUCAGCUGAAAGAUGGUACUCACGAGAACAGUUUACAUGUGUUUACAGUUAACACAGCAGGAUAUUUAAAGUCACUUAAGGCUUUAACUAAAAACUGGAGCUUACUUGUCCGCAUGACUAAAAAACCUCAGAGUGUUGUGGACCACUGCAGACCUUAAAACGGCUGAAGAAGCUGCUGAAAAUGAUUUUUGUUGCAUUUAAAACACUUUACGUCGUUACGUCGAUGAUGCACAACGAGCAGCGGGCGACAGGAUGUAGAGACCUAAGGUUGCCAAUCAAGUUCAAAGCUCAAGAAAUGUUUAUUUUUUCUAAGAUCCAAGAUCUACUUGCUUUUCACCUCCACUUUGUUUCUAGGUGAUACAGUCUGUUUCCUUUUUAUAGAUAGAAACACACACACACACACACAUAUAUAUAUACUCUUGUAAAAUAAUGUAAAGUAAUAUUCUUGUCCUGUCUGUAUGGUGCAGCUCUACUACAAAUUGUCAUUUUUGAACAAAUCAUUACCAUUUUAGGGAUUUAUUCAUUAUGCAAAGUUACAUUGCCUCCAACUGCACCCUUUAUAGAUUAGGUUCUGUGGACUGGACUUCACCUCCACACAGAGAAACUUUCUUUUUUCUACUAUACUGGCCUCGUUCAAGCGUCAAGCUGCGGACUACCAGUCAUAAGUCUCAGCAGGUGUCUGUGCCGUAGUACAGCUUCUCAAGUGCUGUAAAAGCAGUUUGACGCCAGGGGGGACCAUGAGCACUGAAAUCGUGUAGCGUGGUGGGAAAACAGCUUCACGGUUGUAGCACAUAAUGGGACCAUGUUGGCGUCAGUGAGCUUCUGUAGAAACCAGGCUUACACAGGAAACCGUGCCGGGCCCCUCGCCUUCCGACACGUAGUAGUGAAGAAACUUGUACACGUUGCCUCCGUGUAGGUGAUGUGAACAGUGUGAGAACUGGGAACAACUUUGGUGCUAAGGUAGAGAAACAGUCAGGGCAGGGCUUUUGAAUGUAACACAGACUGGACCCGAGAUCAUCUGAUUGGGUUCGUUUGUUUCUUCUCUUUUGUUUCGUUUUUUAUUUUUAUUUCCUGUUCACUUUUCAGAACUUUUUUUUGUAUUGCUCUGUUUUAUUUGUCUAACGAAGGAAAGAGGCUUUUUAUUUGUUUGAACGUCACUGGGGAUGGACCCUACCUCUAACAAAUCCCAUGUCAUGUUACUGUAAGCAGAACACAGCGUGUACGCAUGUCCGCAAAGCACAGCGGACAGAGCGGUCGGAGAUUCCUGUGAUUGACAAGUGUCUCUGCCUCGGAGCAGCAGUGGUUUGUUGACUCCUGCUGUUCCUAUGGAUGGGUGCAAAGAGAAGACAGGCCCCCCGAAACCACCUUAAACAACUGCAGUCUAUCUCUUUCAUUCAUCUUCUCGUGUAUGUCAAAGGGAUCGGGCCUCCAACGCUCACCUCUGUCUACACCAGUGAGAAUGUAAGAAUGUAAUUUAACUCACGUCUUCAAUGCACGUUUUUUUUAGCCUCACUUUUCUCCUAAGGCCUAACAGAGAGGGAAAUGCAUUUAAAAUGUAAUACACACUGGUGGGCUGUUAGAAGCACCCUGAUCUGUAAAUGCAGACAGCUCUGGCACACGAUGUCGUGUGUUGUCUUGUAAAUUGGUUUUAUUGCCACUGUAUGAAUCUUUGGUUGAUUAAACUAGCACAGUUCUGUGCGUUAUUUUGUAGUUAAAAUGUGUUGUUUGACACGUGGAAACAAUGUUGUAAUAAAAAC